AUGCGGGUGCACGGGGCGAUCGCGGUGUUGGGGACCCUCCUGGUCUUGGCCACGGCUCAGCGUCGAGCCGGUGGCCGGAGCCGUGGCCGGAGCCAGCCCUGGAGCGGGCGGCCGGCGCCAUUCCGGAGUUGGGACUCCGGGGCGUACCGGCUGUGGCAGGAGGGGACGCCGCAGCAGCAGGACUGCUGGCGAGGUGGCGAUGUCACCUUUGACAUCAGCAACGACGCUCCCACCAUGUCGGGCGCGGAGGCCACCUUCUCCAUCGCCCUCCGCUUCCCCAGCACCCAGGCGGUGCUGCCCGACGGCCGCGUCGUCUGGAACCAGAACUGCACCGUCAAUGGCACCCGCGUCGCCCAGGGUGAGCCCGUCUUCCCGGAGCAGCCGGCCGAGGGCGCGGACAGCGUCUUUCCUGAUGGGCAGCCGUUUCCCCCCAGCGGCGGGGGCAAGCGCGGAAAAUUCGUCUAUGUCUGGUGGACGUGGGGGCGCUACUGGCAGGUGGUGGACGGCGCCGUGUCCCGGCUGACGGUGGGCACGGCGGGGGUGCCCCUGGGUUCCUACACCAUGGAGGUGGUCGUCUACCACUACCGCGGCCGCCAGAAAUUCAUCCCCAUUGGCCGCGCCAGCACCCAGUUCAGCAUCACCGACCAGGUGCCCUUCGCGGUGGACGUGGCGCAGGUGCAGGGCGCGGCGGAGGGCGACGGGCGCUUCGUGCGUAACCGCGCCGUGGCUUUCACCGUGCGGCUGCACGACCCCAGCCGCUACCUGCGCGACGCCGACAUCUCCUACUCCUGGGACUUCGGGGACCAGAGCGGGACCCUCAUCUCCCGCAGCGCCACCGUCACCCACACCUACCUGGAGGCCGGGUCCUUCGCCGCCCGCCUGGUGCUGCAGGCCGCCAUCCCCCUCAGCCCCUGUGGCACCUCCGCGGCCCCCGUCGUGGACCCCACCACCGGGCCACCGCCGUCGGCGGGUCCCACGGCCACGCAGCCCGUCGGCACCACGCCGAGCAGCGCUGGGGCACCCAGCACUGGUAAGGGAGCGCGGAGCAGCCCCCGCACAUCCGCAGCCUCCGGCUCACCGGUGGAGCCCACGGGGGGAUCGGCAGCCACGCCCUUGGACCCUGCCGUCACCGAGCCCGUCCUCCUGGCACUCAGCACCCUGGCAGACGACGAUGCCGGAGCCACGGCUACCGACCCCGCUGCUGUCUCUGUCGCGGCGGCGUCCGCAGAUCCCCUGCUCCCCACCUCGGUGGCCCCGGCCGGGGACGCGCUGGGCACCUUGGUCCCCGCGGCCGCGGAGGGAACGGUGGCUGCAGGUGUGCCUCCUGCUUCUCCUGCAGCUGCAGCGACAGCGGGAGCCGCAGCUGCCACGGACGGAGCCACAGCUGCAUCGGCAGCUGGAGCCACGGCUGAAUCCCUGGUUGAAGCCACGGCGGGAGCCACAGCCGGAGCCACAGCUGAAUCCCUGGUUGAAGCCACAUCUGGAGCCACAGCUGAAUCCCUGGUUGAAGCCACAGCUGGAGCCACAGCUGGAACUACGGCCAGAGCAACAGCGGAAGCAACCGUGGGAGCCACGGCUGUAUCCCUUGCUGCUGCCACAGCUGGAGCCACAGCUGGAGCCACAGCCGGAGCCACAGCCGCCCCUGAUGGCACCGCCGAGCCAUUGGUGCUGGUGAAGCGCCAGGCGCCGGCCGCUGAGCCCACCGGCUGCAUCCUGUACCGCUACGGCACCUUCUCCACCCAGCUCGACAUCGUCGAGGGGAUCGAGAGCGUGGCCAUCGUGCAGGUGGUGCCGGUGGUGCCGGACGGCAGCGAGAACAGCGUGGAGCUGACGGUGACGUGCGAGGGGAGCCUGCCCGAGGAGGUGUGCACUGUGGUGGCGGACGCCGAGUGCCAGACGGUGCAGACGCAGACGUGCUCGACCGUGGCACCGGCCCCCGGCUGCCAGCUCGUCCUGCGCCAGGACUUCAACCAGUCCGGUCUCUACUGCCUCAACGUCUCCCUGGCCAACGGCAACAGCCUGGCCGUGGCCAGCACCCGCGUCGCCGUCGGAGGCGCUGCCCCGGCUGCCGGCAGGACCACGCUCUUCGUGGGGCUGGUGCUCAUCGCCGCCGCCCUGGGCACCGCUGCCUACACCUACAGGCGUGUGAAUUACAGCCCACUGCUGCCGCGGCCCCCCCCGGCCCCCCGGCCCCGGGGCUGGCUGCCCCCCAGCUCUGCCCUCCGCCUCCUGCUGCGCCAGGCCUUCGGGGGGGCCCCCAGCGGCGAGAGCAGCCCCCUGCUCCGCGCCAACACCGUCUAG